UGUUCGGGUGAGGAGAGGAGAGAGCGGAGCUCCGCCAGCGGACCAGGGAGAGAGAGAACGUGGUGAGGAAUCCCAGCAGCCCCAGGAGAGCGAGAGUCGGACCGGCUGGACCCCCGGAGGAAGACCCGAGAGAGAACCACGUUGCCACGGGAGAGGCCUCUGUUCAGGGCUGCAGCAUGUUCACUUCAGUGAAGGCCUUCGAGGGGCAGCAGUACUCCACCCUGAAGAGGCAGUGCUUGCAGAGUGGCCUGCUCUUCGAGGACCCCCGCUUCCCCGCUACCGACGACUCGCUCUUUUAUCAGGGCAACAGGAUCGGACGUGUGAUCUGGAAGAGGCCUCGGGAGCUGUGUGAAGACCCUCACCUGUUUGUAGAUGGCAUCAGCGCACAUGAUUUACAUCAGGGACAGCUGGGGAACUGCUGGUUCGUAGCGGCAUGCUCCAGUCUGGCCUCCAGAGAGUCUCUGUGGCAAAAAGUCAUUCCCGACUGGAAGGAGCAGGAGUGGGAUACAGAGAAGCCAGACUCGUAUGCCGGAAUUUUCCACUUCCGCUUCUGGCGCUUUGGUGAGUGGGUGGACGUGGUGAUUGACGACCGGCUACCGACGGUGGACAACCAGCUGGUCUACUGCCACUCCAACGACAGUAACGAGUUCUGGAGUGCCCUGGUGGAGAAGGCCUAUGCCAAGGUUUAUGGCUGCUACGAGGCUUUGGACGGGGGAAACACCGCAGAUGCACUGGUGGAUUUCACAGGUGGUGUUUCAGAGCCUGUGGACCUGCUGGAGGGUCAGAUGGCAACAGACGAGGUGGCCCGUAACCAGCUGUUUGAAAGAGUUCUCAAAGUCCACAACAGAGACGGUCUCAUCAGCUGCUCCAUCAGGGCGACCACGGUAGAGGAUAUGGAGGCUCGACUGGACUGUGGCCUGGUCAAAGGCCAUGCCUAUGCCGUGACAGAUGUACGGAAAGUGCGGCUAGGUCACGGACUGCUGGCCUUCUUCAAAUCAGAGAAGCUGCACAUGAUCCGCAUGAGGAACCCCUGGGGAGAGAAGGAGUGGAGCGGCCCCUGGAGCGACAGUUCGGAGGAGUGGAACAAGGUGAGCAAGAGCGAGAGAGAAAAGCUGGGUGUCACCGUGCAGGACGACGGAGAGUUCUGGAUGACAUUUGACGACUUCUGCCAGUACUUCACUGACCUGAUCCUGUGCCGCCUCAUCAACACCUCCUACCUGAGCAUCCACAAAACCUGGGAGGAGGAGGUGAUGAGAGGCUCCUGGGUCCACCGCCAGGACCCCCUGCGCAACCGGUCCGGUGGCUGCAUCAAUCACAAGGCCACCUUCCUACAGAAUCCCCAGUAUGUGUUUGAUGUGAAGAAAGUGGAGGACGAGGUGCUGAUUUGCUUACAGCAAAAAGAAAAGAGAGCCACACCCAAAGAGGGCAAAGGGGAAAACCUCGCCAUCGGCUUUGAUAUCCACCGGGUGGAGCUAAACCGUAAGUACCGUAUGCAUUCAGCCCAGCAGAAAGUAGCGGGCUCCAUCUACAUCAACUCGCGCUGCGUCUUCCUCAGGAAGGAGCUGAAGGAGGGCCGUUACGUCAUCAUUCCCACCACCUUUGACCCCGGGCAGCAGGGUGACUUUCUGCUCCGUGUCUUCACUGAUGUGCCUUCAGACUGCAAAGAGCUGACUCUGGACGAGCCUCCUCAGACAUGUUGGACAGGGAUGUGUGGCUACCCUCAGCUGGUCACUCAGGUCCAUGUUCUGAAUGCUGAGGGUCUGCAGGGACAGGACUCCAAUGGAGCUGUAGAUCCGUACGUGAUCAUCACCUGUGAAGGAGAGAGGGUUCGUUCACCAGUUCAUAAGGACACACGCUGCCCAAACUUUGACAUCAAAGGCCUGUUCUACCGCAAGAAACCCAAGGAUGGCAUCCACAUCGAGAUCUACAACAAGAACAUGAUCGUGGACACCUUCCUGGGUCAGGUGAUCAUGUUCAGCGACCCCAACGAGCGGCAGGAGCAGCACACGCUUCACCUCCGCGACAAGGGCAGCCGCCAGGACAACGACCUCCCGGGCACUCUCACUGUGCGCCUCAUCACCUCAACCACGCUCACCAACAUCUGAUGCGAUCGUUUGUGUGAUUAUGAUGAUCAACACACAAGGUGGCGUUCAAUCGUGCCCGCUGGUCGUGUCCGCCGUUGAUCCUCCAACUAUGGCAGGAGCUCACUGUGUCUUUUUUUCUGCCGCUUGCGCUUUUCUCUUUGUGUCUCUUAUUGUUUCCCCUUUUUUCUUUUGCUUCAUCAUUUAAAUUCUUUGAAGGUUUUUAAAGGCCUUUACCUACAUUUCUGGAUGAGAAGUGUCCACAGACAAUAUUUGGGGUUUGUAUUUAAUAUCUCUGAACACAUUCCUGCCAAAAUCAUCAGUUAUUUAGUGUUUGCUUCAGAAAUGUGUUCUCAAAGUAGGUUUUAUUGCAGCUUUUGUAGCCUGAAUCUCCAUCAACAACUGAGCUACACUUUAACACAUUUUUCAGAAUAUAAGCUUAAAUUAGUGAAUCGGUCAACCCGAAACUACAAUUUCUUAUUUUCUUUUUCUGCAUAUUGUUAUAUUCAAACACACACACACACUCAUACAUACACACACAAUACACAUGCAGACAUUUCUGCACUCUCCAUGCAUGUGCCAAUGUUUCCAAGGGCUAUGCAUUGCCUUAAGGUUGAGUCUGUCUCUCCACCUUGAGGAGGCGGGGGAAUAAAGUUAAAUACUCUUUAUGUUCUCCAUCAGCUGUCUUCAGUGUUAGCACAGCCUCCAUUUCUGUUCCUGCUUUUUCCCCUCAUAGUUUUACUUUCUAUCUCCUAUAUACUGACACAACAUAUACUCUUUAUACCUGUGGAUAAUCGCCCCACACCGUCAGCUCACCCAGACACCUCAAGUCUUCACCAGUUUGCCGGUGCUUUGGAGAGCAUGCAGCACUGUCUGUCACUUUUUAUUGUGGACUUUACAAAAGGAAAGCCAACAGCAGCUAUUCUCUCCCUCUUUACUGAGAGCUUUUCUGUGUUGUUCUGUGAGCGCGCUCAUGUGUGAAAUCUUGCCUCCCGUCUUCCAUCACUAGAACCACUUCAAACUCCCUGAGACGCUUUUCUGCCGGUUGCUAUGGACGAUCUUAAAAAAACUGCAUGGCUUAAAAACUAAACUCUUUGCCUGUGAUGCACAUCUUUCCGGUCGUAGCUUAGCAGCCGGUGCUUUUGACAGUGCUAUCCUCGCUGUUUGAUCCCACUCCAUGUGUACACCUCCCCAGUUCAGCGGAGUGCAAAGAUUCACCCUGACAUAAUCAAGUGCUUUAUGGGACCAAAGAUGAGCCUCCGCUCUCUUAGUCCCUUUCGGACCGCCCUGGCCUGGCCUGGCCCAAGCCUAGCUACAAACCACCACCCCCUGUGCCACAUCAUCUCUUAACGGCAACACCACUGCCUGACGCUUCCUCUGACUUGAGUCUUUUGGCCCAGGCCAUGGACUCAUGCCACGUGACCCUGAGAGAGAGGCAGCAGCUGUGCUGCUGCUGUUGGCACAGAACAGGCAUGAGUGUGUGUGUGUGUGUGUGUGUGUGUGUGUGUGUGUGUGUGAGACAGUGUGUGUGUCCUGCUAGUUCCAGUCUUGCGCUGCGUGUGAGUGUCUGGGAGUGCUUGAGGAUGAAUGAAUGUAUAUCUGUUAAUCCACCUGGAAAAGAAAAUGAUUUCUGAGGAGAGGUGUGAACCGAAAGGAAAAGAGCCCUUUAGCGGAACACACACCUUGCACUUUAUUUAAGUUAAAAGGGGAAAAAAGACCCUUAAUGGAUGAGAGAAAGACGAGGGUGAGCAGAGAAGACGUCCUGUCAAACAACCUGUGCCAUCGCCUUGGUCCUGGAUUUGCCUCCACGGCAGGAAAACAACAUGAGACAAAAUGUUAAGUGAUUUCAGAAGGAUUACAGAUGGUUUUUGCAUAUUGAACCAACACUGGUACGAUGCUAUCUAUCUCUGAUGAACUUUGGCAUUUCUUGAUCAUGUGGCCAUCGAAUGGGCUUGGGCACCUGGGCUUUUUGUGACAGAAGCCCAGACAGAAAAUCACAACAUGUGUUUUCAAAAGUGCAAUAUCAUUGCAGAGACUUUUCAUUCCAAGUUUUAUUGAGUUCUGGGUUUGUCUUUGUCUUUUUAUUUUUUUCAUAAUAAGAAUUAAAAAUGUAAGUCAUUUUCAAGACAUUUCCUUUGAAUGUAAGACAAACAGUUAGUGAACUAAUCUCUCAGUCAAACUAUCAAGUCCGUUUUCCUGAUUUUUUCAGCGCCUUUUUCCAUUACUUGAACUGUCACACAUGGCAUUUAAUAGAUCACACACACCUUUGUGUACAGCAUCUUUAUAAAUGUGUCUUGCAUGGGUUAUUUUCCAAUAUGUUCAUGGCCUUGUAUUGUACUGUUCAAUUGUUACUGAUAUAUAUAUUUAUUCUUUCUAUCUCAAAAGUCUUGGAAAUGCUAGUUUUGAGCAGUCAGCAUGUCUACACUAAUGCACCUCAUGUCGGUCUGAUCAUAUCAACAGGUUUGAAACAGUUAUGUCUUGUAAUACAGUGAUGCAUUCAUAAUGCCUCUAGCAUCGUGAACAUUAGCAGCAGUUGUCGACUUCUAUUUAGGUGCUAUUUAUCUUCUCUGUGCUAUUUUUUAUAUUGUUUGGGAAAGAAAGCAAGUGUUUGGUAACAGGACUGAAUUUGGAGAAUGUGAGCUUGCAGACAGACAGUGUUAGAAACUGUAGCGCCAAGGAGUGUCAGGUUAGACAUGUGAGCCUGUGCCUGGAUGGCUGCUGGUUUUUAUUUACAGACCAGGUGGGUAAUGAAAGAAGCCCUUCUCCCACCCUCACUGAGUACCGCUGAAGUGUCCUUGUGCAAGGCACUGAACUCCUAACUGCACCAGUGGAGCCUCGUAGUGGCCAGCUAUUGUACAGCUUCCAUGUGUGACUGACUGUACAUAUUUCUGUGUGAUUAUAACCCCCCUCCCAGGUCAAUACUGUGAAUAUGUUCAACUUCAGCUUAGACGAGGGUGGAAUGAAGGGUUAAUGCGAGAGAUUAUUGGUGCCAAAGGAGUGUAUUGCACAAAAUGAGUACACAGACCAGGGGGUGGAACUAGCUCCUGUUUGUUCUUCUCACGUUUUACUGUUACUUUUGAGUCACAGAAUGAAUAUCCUGCAAUCUCUGAAAAUCCAAGAUGUAAUUCAACAAAACUUGUUACUGAUCUGAAGAAGUUUCCAAAAUCCUCAAAGCCCCUUCUUAACAUCUGGAUACAAUAUAUUUUGCUCCUGUCAUGUUUGGUAACACCACAUCUCUCGUUAUACCUUUCGUUUGCUUGUCGUGAGCAACUCGAGCUUUCUAGAUAAUUCCCUAGGGUAUUUUCAUCUAAUUUGCAGCCUCUCCUAGGCCCCUUUUACACUGCCUCUUCAAGGCGAGAAUCUCACGCUGUUAUUCUGCCUCCCCAAACUGUGUAAAAAGUACAGUUGUGGAAUGGGGGGAACAGAGUUGUCUUUCCCUUAAGCUGGCAUCAGAGGUAAUAACAGCACCGAAAUGAUGUCGGUAUAAGCAGGACAGCUGGCAAGGUAGCAAAGUAGCUGCUAGCAGUUAGCAGCUAACUUGAAGAACAGCAGCCAAAAAUAUCCACAAACUGGGAAAAUAAUGAGGUCCGGGAGCUCCUUACCCAGUCAAUUUUACGUGUAUGUUAUAUGUCACACUAAAGGCUGACGCUGUUGUGUUACAUGUCACGCCUGUCACGCCUUUUUUGAUUCUGUGAUGCUGGCAUGCUGCCUAAAGUCACACAUUGGAGUUCCAUGAUGCCGUCAUUGUUCAGUUCUGUGUAAAAAUGCAAAGGUGGCGUAAAGAAUGGACUUCGUAGCGGCUCUAUAGCACAAUCUCUGUGUUAAAAGGACUCAAGCCUGACAUCACCAGACGAAACACAAAUUAGUCUGAAACUUCUUAAGGUGUUUAGUAUCUUAAUGUAUUCUUAAGGUGUGUAAUCAACUGGCAAAGAACAAAAUGCCUUUAAACACAAUUGAAUAGACCUACAGCCAACUAGAGCAACAAAAAAUAAAGGGAACGUGUAGGAACUUUCCAGCUCUUGAUAUUAUGUUACAAGCUGACACCACCCGGCAGCCAACCGGCGACUAUCAUAUCACCACAAAAGGUGCCUUUGUGCAUUGGUGUCUGACACUGAAAUCACUUACAAUGUAUUUGACGAGUUGGGAAUGAGAAUAGGCCUGAUGGUGAGAAGUGUCUUGGAGGAUUCUGAAAAUCCCUUUUAAAAAAUAGUACAAUUUUUCAAACAACCUUCUUGAUUUUUCAGAGAUCAUUUUCUAGAAAUUUUCACUUAGCUCUGUGAUUUAAAUUCAAAAGUAAUACUACAGAGGCACAAACAGGCAUCAACUAAAGACUAACAGACACACUUCAACCCUGAUUUGGCUUAAAUUACACACAACAAUCACUAAACCAUGUCGGGUUAAUAUGAACUGUUAUAUCAUAAUCUGUUUUGUUGAUUGGACGGAUGCUGAUUUUAUAUUCCAGAGUUUCACUUCUGAUGCCAGUACCAUAUUUUACAUUGAGAUUUCACAUCAGGUUUUACAGCAACAACCAAUUGUGUUAUUUCUUAGAUGUUUUUUUUAUGAGUAUGGAUGUGGCACAGAAAUAUAACAGCUAACACACAACCUGACAGCUUUGAUAUAUGGGAGUAUUUGGGGAUUCAGAGUCACUGUGUCGCUCACAAUCCCACAGUAAUAGUACGAGCAAGGAGCCGAAAUGUGGGAACGAACAGUGUGUUAAGCUCAAUGUGAAAUCUUAUCAAACACAUGUGCCACAGCAGUGCCAAAAAGACAAAGGGCCUAUUGAAAAGGGAUGCUUUUGUAAAGAUGUGACUGUUUGAAAAAUGUAAGACAGUUGAAGUUGUUGUCUGUUUGUUUUUAUUGUUGUUCUCCACGUCAUGUCUUCUUUUGUUUUGAAGUGAUUCUCAUUACAUUGCUAUUGUUACUCAUUUGUAAUUGUUGCACAUUGUGAUUCUCUGCCAAAAGUGUUACGGCUUUCACUGUUAACCACUACACACACACACACACACACACACACACAGUAUACACACAAACACUCCAGCUACUAGACUAACCAGACUUGGUUGGAGUGUACGGACCUUGACUGGUUUUUUGACAGUUGCUACGAAGCUUGUCGGUUAUCUGUACAUAUUUUCCGCACGGCCAUGCCAAAGCAGGUUUUAAGAACACGAAACCCUUCAAAUGAACUGCUCACAACGGUGGUGACUUUUGUACGAAUCCAGAAAAAGAAAAAAAUGCCAGUGCAUGUAGCAAAAUCGCUUCAAAUCUGCUCGCUCCAUUACGAAUCACAGAAUAUAUAUUUUUGUUUUUCUUGGAGUGUUGUAAAACAUAAUCCGCUGUUGCUACUUUGAUAAACAUACUGUGUGAAGUAGAAGGCUUAUGUUGCACACUUGCAUGCAUUGAAACAGUAUCCAGUUUUAUAACAUUUUGUAUUCAGUAACCUGCAGUAUACAGUAUGUAUAUAAAAGUAGCAGCAACUUAUCAGUUGUUAUUAUUAUGGGAUCCAUGUUUUGAUGGAUGUUAUACAGUAUAUUCUAGACAUUCAUUUAUAAAGAGGAAGUUGUCCUUUCCCACUUCCUCUAGUGAUCAGCAAGAAUACUUAGAGGAAUCAACUGCAUUAUUUAUUGAUGGCCCCAUGAUACCUUGCAUUAAUUAUGGGUGUGAAUUCUGGUUCUUCCUUUCACUGCACUGGCAUCUGCAAAAGUUAGCGGUAUGAUACAGGUGUCUUUAAUUUUCUUGGAGAUUUAGGAGCAGUGACUGAUGUGGGAACACAGCCUGUCAAGCCUAAAAGGUGAAGACAUUUUGGUAAAUUCAUUAAUUUGUUUUCUUGCCGAGAGCUAGAUUAGGAGAUUGAUCCCGCUCUCGUUUCUGCAGCAACUAUGAAGCCACCACCAGCAGACGCUUAGCUUAGCGUACAGACUGGAAAAUGAGGGAAAAAACAAGCCCCCUUUAUCUAAAGAUGACCUACCAGCACCUCUGAAGGUCAGAGAACUAGCGGCAACAAAAGCUGAUUGUUGUGUCGCCUCACAUUGCCUGUCUCAGCCAAAAAGUUGCACACAAAUACACAUCAAAGACUACUGCUGAUGACCAACCAGCAUGUACGUUCUGGAAAUAACUCCACACCAGCAGACAGUCUGUAUUCGUCAUUCAAAAAGGAAAACUGCAAGACCGUCUUGACGCUGGUCAGCCAGUUAGCACAUUAACAACACAAUCCGAUGCUGAAAUAACAGCAUAUUUACCGUGUGCCAGUGAACAAAAAAAAAAAAUGAUGCCAGUGAACAUCACAAAAUGUUUUUGCUUAAUAGCUCAGUGGCUAAAGAAAAAUACUCUUACCUCAUGUAACAAGUUCGAGUUGGUCUCACUUCCUCUUGACUUUAGCUCUUUGUUUACUUUCCUCACUUUUGUUUCUCUUUUUGUGCGCUGAGCUGAACUGCCAGUCAGAGUGAUUUCAUUCACCAGCGGGCUCCCUUGUCUCUACGUCUAUUUUACAUGCUGAAUUGGCCAAAAAAAUACUAACAGGAGCCGACGAGGGGCAACAGCGCAGGACACACUGCACCGACUAGGGCAACAGACACUCACCAACAGCCCAACAUCAACCAAUGGCUGACUGUCAGCUUGGUGUCUCAGGGCUUUAAAGUUUUGUAAUGAACAAGUUUUACCACUUAAAAAAAAAUCAGUUUGACAACGUAAUCCGCAAUUUUGCAGCCGCUGUCUAUUUUCAUUGUGCAUUGUGCAACGCCCUGUGUGAUGACACAUCCUUGAUUUCAAUCGUUCUGAACAAAACUGGCGAAAAUGCAGACUGGUUUGCUAGCUAGCACUAAGGUUCAAAGAAUCCUGAAUGGAACUGGUUCAAGAACCAGAGCAAAUCUGGUGAAAAAAUUGGGUAAAAGUGAGUUGCUACCAUAUGUGAUGUGGAACUUUAAAGCUCAACUUUCCACACUGUUUUUGAAGUAGGCAAGGUAACUUAUUACUGUCCCGACAAGCCUCAAAGCUUCAACAAAGUUGCUAAAUAUGCUACUGGAAGUUAUCGGCAACCACUUUUUAGGUACCCCUCCCAUCUGUCACUAGUUGGAGGCUGAGGUAUGGUCACAUCUUAGUUGAGGUGUGAAAGUUGCUCCACUUUUACACCUUUCAGAAAAGGGAAGACACCUGGAGCAUGGCACUCACAAGGUAUCAUGGGACCAGGAAUAAGGUAGAUGGACGAAAACUGAAAACGGGGAUUUUUGUGUUUAUUUAGGAAACUUUUUUCCCGUUUGUCACUUGUAGACAGAACAAUGACUUGAUGGCAGUCGAGGUCUCCUUGCCUGCUGAUCUUAUAGCCUCGUUAACUUGGAUACUGCUGCAUGUGUCUAAUGUUACUAGACAUUGGUUCCAGACAGAUUACACCAGGUACUGUAUUGAAUUUGACAAUGUUGUACCAAGUCACCGGAUUCCUUCCGCAUCCUCGUCAUCGACAUUUUUAUCUGAGAUCGAGUCUUGUCCACUCAAAAGAAUGAGCUUGUGAUUCUUCUUGUAUUUUUCUGCUGAUGUUUAUUAACUGGAAACUGGAAUACCUACUGCAUGGUGACACUUCUAGAAGAUGCUACGGUCUUUAUAACAAGUAUCUUUUAUCAGUAUUUUAUAACCUUGUUAAUUUUAUAUAUCCACUUUACCUUGCGUUCCAAUCUGGUAUGUUUACUGAUAUCUAGGUUUCAGAGAACUGUGCUGUAUGUUCUGUACUGUGUGCUUGUCCGUGUGUUCUUUUCAGCGUGAGCUUUCCUUUUUUCUUUUUUUAAUGCGUGUUCAUUGAAUUUGGUUCUCGGUUACACUGUGGUUAUUUUAUAGCUACAAUAUGAAAUUAUUAUUUUUUCUUUUGUAUUUAAUGUCAACUUGUGGCAUGACUUUGAAA